GCGCUAUUUCGGCGCUAAUAGCACGCUAUAGCGUUUCUAGAUAGCCGACGCUACUUUAUUUCGGCGCUAUUGCGUGCUAUAGCGUGUUAUUAGCGCGCUAUAGCACGCUAAUAGCGUAUUUUUCGGCCGACGCUAUUUUGUUAUAGCGCGCUAUUUUUUUCCUUGAUAAAUACCUCCCCACCUCCUCAUCACAUCCUCAUCCAUUCCUCAAGUGAGCACUUGGCUUCAGCACACAAGAUAUACAUACACAAAAGAAGCUGAGAAGGACCAAGGAGAAGAUCAGGGGUGAUGGAGUACGAGUACCAGUACAGCAGCGGCGGCGGCAGCGCCAGCAGCUUCGCCAAGGAGAAGAGGCCUCCGGCGAAGAGGGGCCAGGUCAAGCUGCAGAUGGCGAGGACGCUGAGCAACCUCGUGUCGCCGAGCGGCGCUGCUGCCGCCGACGGCUCGAAGCAAGCGAACCGCAACAGCUUCAGAAGGGAAACAAGCUACAACUGAAGGAAGGUAUAUAUUAGGUCGGUACGGCGUGGAGGACAAAGUGGUGUUACUACUACUAGCUAGCUGUUUUUUUUUCAAAGGAUUUUAGCAGGAUGGCCUCUCUCGGUUUAUGGAGAACCUGCUUGAUCCACUGUACUGUAACUUAGCUCGAGUGGAAACGAAAGGAAGUUCCAUGUGGUA